UUGGGCGACCAGUCGGUUACUGAAGUAAAGGAAGUGAAUGACAGUUUCACACACUAAGCCCGACAAAGCCCUGGCUCUUUGAAAGAACAAGGAAGUGAUAGCUUACUAACAAAGUUUGACAAUAAACAAGACGUUUCUUCUGAUUUCCCCCUUGAUUUCAUCCACGGCUAUAGUUCUUUUGAAGGUUUAUUUAACUAAUUGCAUUUGAGGAGCUAGCAUUUAGCCACACCCACAACAUCUGCUUUAAUGAGACGACAGCCUCUGAGGGGGCAUCCGACGGCCUCCGGACCAUGGCUAUCAGGCCUGGCUUUAAAGUCAUUGGGUGGCAAGAGAUGAGCACCAGAUUGUUAUUGUCACUGUGAGGUGUGACCCCUGUCCACUGCCCUUCAGCACAAAGUCAUGGCCCCUGUGCCUCCAGGCAUCCGAUUCCUGGCCUCCUUCAACAGAGACCAGUGGUACAGAGCCUUUACCUUUAGCCUCACUUUCCUGCUCUACACCAGCUUUCACCUGUCCAGGAAACCCAUCAGCAUUGUCAAGAGUGAGCUGCAUAAGAACUGCUCAGCCCUCAUGGACCUCUCCACCACCAGUAGUAGCCAGUUGCCAGGCUUUACAGAUACAGACUGCAGCUGGAAACCGUUUGAUAAAAGUAACUACAAGCAGCUGUUGGGCGCCAUGGACUACUCCUUCCUCUGUGCCUAUGCCGUGGGCAUGUACCUCAGUGGCAUCAUCGGGGAGCGCCUGCCCAUCCGGCUCUACCUGAGCGUUGGCAUGCUGAUGAGUGGCCUGUUCACCUGCCUGUUUGGUCUGGGCUAUGUCUACAACAUCCACAGUCUCAGCUUCUAUAUAUUCGUCCAAGUGGCUAAUGGCUUAGUUCAGACCACUGGUUGGCCCAGUGUGGUCACAUGCAUCGGAAACUGGUUUGGCAAGGGAAGGAGAGGCCUGAUCAUGGGAAUAUGGAACUCCCACACCUCGGUGGGCAAUAUCCUGGGCUCGCUGAUUGCCGGCUACUGGGUCUCCUCCAACUGGGGCUUGUCCUUCAUCGUCCCUGGCGUCAUCAUCGCCGUCAUGGGAGUGGUCUGCUUCCUCUUCCUCAUCGAACAUCCAAAUGAUCUGAAAAGUAUCCAUGCUGGACAGAACCCUGCUCCUAGUAGCAACCAAGUACAAAAGCUGACAAAAAAAUGGAAUGGAAAAAAUGGAAACAAGCAACUAUACCAUUCAUACAAACAGGGAAACAAGUGUCAGAGCUGGGACACGGAGUUGCUCCUCCCCCAGGAAGACGGCGGCUCUGUGUGUGUUCCUGUUCAGCAGCUGGUGGUGGUGAAGAGCGAGUCAGAGCCCUCGGCCAUCAGCUUCAUGGGAGCCCUGCGAAUUCCGGGAGUGAUUGAGUUCUCCCUCUGUUUGCUGUUUGCCAAGCUGGUGAGCUACACCUUCCUCUUCUGGCUGCCUCUCUACAUCACUAAAGCAGCUCACCUAGAUGCCAAGAAGGCGGGAGAUCUAUCCACUCUUUUUGAUGUGGGAGGAAUUGUGGGGGGAAUCCUGGCUGGGGUCAUAUCUGAUAAACUGGGGAAGAGAGCCACAACCUGUGCUGUGAUGCUGCUGUUAGCUGCUCCUACUCUUUAUGGCUUCUCCAUGAUCAGUGAGUUCGGCCUUGGACCCACCAUUGGCAUGCUUGUGGUGUGUGGAGGACUGGUGAACGGACCGUACGCCCUCAUUACCACCGCCGUGUCCGCCGAUCUGGGAACACACAAAAGCCUUAAGGGCAACUCCAGAGCCCUGUCUACUGUCACAGCCAUCAUCGAUGGCACUGGAUCAGUAGGUGCCGCCAUAGGUCCCCUGUUGGCAGGAGUGUUGUCGUCGCGGGGCUGGGACCAGGUCUUCUACAUGCUGAUGGCGGCUGACUUCCUGGCACUGCUGCUCUUGUUGCGGCUGGUGGCAAAGGAGUUGACCUCUGCUAACGUGGUUAAACCUCGUUCUGGCAGCACCUCUGUUGAGAUGAAGGAGCACUAAGCACUUUACACUGAGUCCAGAGAGCACUGAUGAACAUUCAGCAUCUCUCACUCACUCACUCAAAAUACACACGCACUCACGCGUGCUUUGAUUUUCAUGCCACUAACAUGGACCGAACUUUGAACCGAGAAGAACUGAACCCAUGUGAUCAUCUCUCUCUGAACCGUUUCCAAGGACCCACAGAGCUGCUGCAGGACCACUCUCACCAAGUCACUUAGACAACACGUCGUCAUAGUAACCUUUAAGCUCUCCCAUGCAAUGAAUACAUCCGGGGAAAUGCUUACUUACAAACCCAUUGUUAAUAAUACAUUGAAGAGGGUUUUGUAUAAACACAAGAAAUUGUAACAUGCCGUGUGUUUAUAGUAAGGGUGCUGACAAAGGUCUGCUGUCCAUUCCGCUGUAGUGAAGUUGCACUUGUGUAGCCGCAAAAGCUGUGGGAACCGAUUAAAAGCUAAUCAAGUGGCAGAGGAUAAUAAUCUAAAAGAAUGAUCCUCGCCAGCCGAAACCAUCCAAGUCUGUACCACUUACAGCACAUUGGGCCGUUAAAUCCAACAUUGUAUCGUCACCUUUUGCCUUAUGGAACCAAAGAUCGGGGACAAUGCAUUGUAAUUUAUAUGAAAUAUUGUAUUUUUUAAGAAAGUUUAAAUUAUUUUUUCUGUUUUCGGGUGGGGUCCUUGUAUUUUGUGUUUUUGGAUUAGCGUGUGAAGGUACUGAUUUUGUUGUCGUUUUACAUAAUGACUGUGUCAUGGUGAUAUUGUUUCAUGAAUCAAAUUGUGUGAAUGUAGCAGAUGUGUCACUCUAACUGAAACAAUUGUUUUCUUUGUUCGAUUUGUGUAGUGCAAUGUUGAAAAUUAAUGUUCUAUAGUAUGUAUAGAAAUGCCAUAAUCUUGAAUCCUGAAUUUCACAGAAAGUAUGUUCAUUCCUUCUAGAAAUGGGAACAGUGUCCCUCUGUGAAUAGUACUUGCCACAUGCAAUUACUGAGAGUUUAAUGGAAGAAAAUGCCCACAUGACUGAAGGGUAAAUAUAUAUAGUCCUGGAAAACUCACCUACACGCUUAGUAGAAAAGGCUCCUUCAGUUGUUUCAAUGAAGAAUCAUAUAUUGUCUGGUUGAAAAAGCUGGGAUUCCAUGUAAGAAAGGGACAGCCAAAGAAUGCUUUUAAAAAAAGCAUUUUUUUUAAAUUAUUUAUAAAGAGUUUUAAUGUCAUUAACGUUAAUGAUGGCAAAUACUGGCCUGGGCUCGGGUCAUUUUAAAUUUACUUCCAGUAAAAUGUCUUUGUUCUUUGUGUGGAUAAAUGGAGCCCUUUUUGUUGGCAGCUAAAUCAUUAUCUAAGUGCUUCUGUGGUAGUACUUGAAAUCCUGUGCCUUUUGUGGACUUCUUUUAGUACAUGAACUUAGUGACAGUUGGUAAAAGCGUCUUGGUAAAUAAAAUAAAUUAACCAAGUGGCUGGAU